CCGGAGCAGCAGCUGCCGCCGCCGCCGUCGCCACUACCGCCGCCGCUACUGCUGCCGCCGUGUUCGGGUGUAGAAUUUGGAAUCCCUGCGUCUCGUUAACAAUGAAGCAGAGUUCGAACGUGCCGGCUUUCCUCAGCAAGCUGUGGACACUUGUGGAGGAAACCCACACCAACGAGUUCAUCACCUGGAGCCAGAAUGGCCAGAGUUUUCUGGUUUUGGAUGAACAAAGAUUUGCAAAAGAAAUUCUUCCCAAAUAUUUCAAGCACAAUAAUAUGGCAAGCUUUGUGAGGCAACUGAAUAUGUAUGGUUUCCGUAAGGUUGUGCAUAUUGACUCUGGAAUUGUAAAGCAGGAACGAGAUGGUCCUGUUGAAUUUCAGCAUCCUUACUUCAAACAAGGCCAGGAUGACUUGUUGGAGAACAUUAAAAGGAAGGUUUCUUCUUCAAAACCAGAAGAAAAUAAGAUUCGUCAGGAAGAUUUAACAAAAAUUAUAAGUAGUGCUCAGAAGGUUCAAAUAAAACAAGAAACUAUUGAGUCCAGGCUUUCUGAAUUAAAAAGUGAGAAUGAGUCCCUUUGGAAGGAGGUGUCAGAAUUACGAGCAAAACAUGCACAACAGCAACAAGUUAUUCGAAAGAUUGUCCAGUUUAUUGUUACGUUGGUUCAGAAUAACCAACUUGUGAGUUUAAAACGUAAAAGGCCUCUACUUCUAAACACUAAUGGAGCCCAAAAGAAGAAUCUGUUUCAGCAUAUAGUCAAAGAACCAGCUGAUAAUCACCAUCAUAAAGUUCCACACAGUAGGACUGAAGGUUUAAAGGCAAGGGAGCGGAUUUCAGAUGACAUCAUUAUUUAUGAUGUAACUGAUGAUAAUGCAGAUGAAGAAAAUAUCCCAGUUAUUCCAGAAACUAAUGAGGAUGUUAUAGCUGAUCCUUCCAACUGUAGCCAAUACCCUGAUAUUGUCAUUGUUGAGGAUGACAAUGAAGAUGAGUAUGCACCUGUCAUUCAGAGUGGAGAUCAGAAUGAACCAGCCAGAGAAUCACUAAGUUCAGGCAGUGAUGGCACCAGUCCUCUCAUGUCUAGUGCUGUCCAGCUAAAUGGCUCAUCUAGUCUGACCACAGAAGAUCCUGUCACCAUGAUGGAUUCCAUUUUAAAUGAUAACAUCAAUCUUCUGGGAAAGGUUGAGCUGUUGGAUUAUCUUGACAGCAUUGAUUGCAGCUUAGAGGACUUCCAAGCCAUGCUGUCAGGAAGACAGUUUAGCAUAGAUCCAGAUCUCCUGGUUGAUCUUUUCACUAGUUCUGUGCAGAUGAAUCCCACAGAUUACAUCAAUAAUACAAAAUCUGAGAAUAAAGGAUUAGAAACUACCAAGAACAAUGUAGUUCAGCCAGUUUCAGAAGAGGGAAGAAAAUCUAAACCCAAAACAGCCUGAUGCAGAGGAGUAUAUGGCUUCAGAGUAUACAUUCAAGAAGGAAGAAAUCUGGCUUCCUGAAUCACUGCUUAGAAGAGAGGCACCCAUCAAUCUUGGACACCUAUUGUAGACUUCAGGUGAGUGGAGAGCAAACUAUUAUGUUCUGCCUUCGGGUUUUUUUUGGGGUGGGGGGGAUUGAUCUUAGUGUUCAGUAAUAACUCAUUUUGGCAAACAUUAAACAGUAAAAUUGUAUGAGAAAUAACAUUUUUAGUGGCCUGAACAGGUCUUGAUUGGGGGGAAGGAGUACUUCCCCAAUUUUUUUGUAUCUGAAGCUAAAGAUUAUCAGUGUAAGCAUCAUCAGUUUCAUUCCUUUUUGUUUUUGUAAGUGUACAACUCUUAAAAACUUUGUAAUACAAAAAAGUGUAUGAUGGAAGGAAUUUGGUAUAGCACUAUCAGUCCUUUUAACUCCUUCAUAACUAUAUGCUAGAACUAUUGUAUUUUUUAAUGAGUUACCCACUGGUGACUUAAUUAGAUCAUCUUUCAAUUUCAUCAACAGCAAAAAAAACCCAGAAACUACCUGAAUUGCAAAAGUAUUCUGCCCCCAGUGUCAUUCUUUCUCACCAGUAUUUAAAAUUUUGUCUUUAUUGGGUGUUUGAGAGUUUAUCCAGUGCCUUAGUAAUGCCUUAGAUUCAGAAUGCCUAAGAGAUACAUCUUUGUUAAAUGUGGAAAGUGAUUGUUAAGAGAGGGAUGAUGCCCUGAUGUUCUUAAGGCAUCUUUUCAGGCAGAUCCAAGUUCAGGAAGGAGUAAUAAGGAAAUUGAAGAUCUGGACACUGAUCUCUAAUACCUCUUGCUUACCAGAGGAAGUCUCUGUACUGUCUGGAAAACAAGUACCACAGUAUGAAGACCAUUAAUUUCAAGAGUGCCCCCUAUCUUCAUCCUCAUUAUAACUUUCUUUCAUUUAAGGGGGGUGGUUGUAAGUAUCGGCAUCAGAAAUCACGUAGAACAGAGCUGAAUGUUCUUUGAGUGUGUCACCUUGUUUUUCAUAGGGAUGGUAUACUCAAGUGAUGAGGCUUAAAUUGACAAUAGUCUGCAGACUGGGAAGAUGAUGAAAUGAUAUUUGUUGUGAUGAACAUGUUACAUUUAAGAAUUAGAGUCUAAAUGUUCAUUUCAAGCACACAUGAAAUAUUUUUUGAGAAUUGGUUGCAUAUUAGGCCAUAAAGCAAAUCAGAAAAUUUCAUGGAAUUGGUAUCAAACAGACUAACUAUAAUACAAAUAAAUCAGACCAUUACAGUUACAAGGAGUACUGGCAUGGUAUUUUGUGGAGUGACCUUCAUUUGGGUUUACUGUUUUCCCAUGAUUAUAGGAGUUAAUGGGUUUGGGGUAGAAAGACCACAGGGGUGAAGUGCCGUUUUUACCAUUUAUCAAACUAUCUUACUAUUUUUUUCUCUGGAGAACCCUAAUACACUUAAAAAAAAAAAAAGAAACAAAAAGCUCUCUUUAUCUUACAUCUUAGAACAUAGAAAAUCAAGGGUGUAAGAAUGGAGAAUCUGCCAGUAAAUGGGGAUGCUUUAAGAGCUGUUACACGGCAGUACUAAAGUGUGCUGGGCUGGCCAAGUAGUGACAAGUUGAAAAACAUGUUAGGUCUUUUAAAAAUUGGUAAAUUGAAGCUAAUCAAAACUAAGCACUUUUGCUCUGCAAAAGACCCUGUUCAGAUGGAAGAACAAAGAUACAGACGAGGAGAAAAUAUUUGUAAACUACGUACUAUCUGAUACAGGAUGUGUAUCUAGAAUAUAUUAACUCAAAAUUCAACAAAUUUUAACAAUAAACCAUCCAAUUACAAAAUUGCCAAAAGGCAUGAAUAGACAUUUUACUGAGGACCUACAGAUGGCAAAUAAGCAUAUGAAGAGAUACUCAACACCAUUAGCAAUUUGGGAAAGGCAAAUUAAAACUACAAUGAGAUAACACAAUAUUUCUAUCAGAAUGGCUAAAAUUAGUGAUACCAAAUGUGGGCAAGGAUGCAAAGAAACUGAACGGUUCAUUUAUCAAUGGUGUGAACACGUCAGAAGAUGGCAGUUUCUUGUAGAACUAAUCAUUUAACCUGCCCUCAAGGAUUCUUCUAAUUACAGGUUCCAAAGAAC